AUGCCCAGCCCAGGCCUCCUGCUCCUGCUCUUGCUGCUGGCAGCGCCACCACCGCUGCGACCCUCCUCGCUGGCACCACCGGACACUCCAGAGGGCAAAGCCACCAUCACGGGCCUCAUCCUCUCCGCACUGGACAGAGCCACCUCCUUCCUGGAGAGGAGGCUGCCUGAAAUCAACCUGGAAGGCGUGGUGGGGUUCCGGGUGCUGGAAGUGCAGCUAAAAGGCGUUCAGGAAAAAUGGGCCUGGGACCCCCAGCUGCAGCCACUGAGCCUGAGGGUGGGGAAGCUGGUGGACAAGCUAGCGCCUCUCCUUCACAGAUCCAUGUUCUACCUCAGGCUGAGUGACCCUAAGUACCUAAGAGAGUUCCAGUCAACCAUCCAGCCUGGGUUUUGGAAGCUUCCACGUGUCUGGACCUGCACAGAUGCCUCCAUGGUCUACCCCACGUUUGAGACGCAGGACUCCUUCUCAGAGGAAAGCAGUGACUCAUGCCUGGUGCAGCUGCUGGGAACAGGGACCGAUGGCGACCAGCCCUGCAGGCUCUCAGACUUCUGCAGAACCCUCAUGACCAAGCCCGGGUGCUCAGGCUAUUGCCUGUCUCACCAGCUGCUCUUCUUCCUCUCGGCCAGAAUGAAGGGAUGCACGGAGGGGCUGUUCCACCACAGCCAGCACUACAUGAACCUCUUUUGUGCCAACAUGAUGGACCUGAACCGGAGAGCUGAGGCCAUCGGAUAUGCCUACCCCACCCGGGACAUCUUCAUGGAAAAUAUCAUGUUCUGUGGAAUCAGUGGCUUCUUAGACUUCUACAAGCUCCGGUGGCUGGAGGCCAUUCUCAACUGGCAGAAGCCACGGGAAGGAUGCUUCGGGAGGCCUGCUGCUGAAGACGAAGAAUUAUUGAAAGCCAUUCAACGCCAACAGCAUGCUUUGAGAAGAGUGAAGAGACGAGAAAAACAAUUUACAGAUGGCUGCUCCUCCCACAACACAGCCAUGGCUGUUGCAGCCCUGGGUGGCUUCCUCUAUGUCCUGGCGGUACCCCCAGCAAAUGGAGAGCUGUGGCCAUCCACACUGGCGCCACCCAGCAGCCACUGAGACAAAUGUUUCCACUCCUGCCACUGGAAGAUAAAACAGAUGUCUUUACUGCUUCCUCCCUUAAACCCUGGGGACCAGGAGGCAGCUGAAGAUACAGAGUCAACAAGCAACCCAGCUUCAUCUCUGCAGGGAUCAGGGCCAGGGAAGGUGAGGCUGGGAUGGAUCCAGGCAUGGAA